AAUGCCACACAAGUAAACAGCAGGCAGAUCCUGAGAACAAAACAUUCCUGUGCUUUGCUUAUUUUUCUGCUUAAAAAAAACAAUGAGGAACGAAGUCUGCUCCUUAGCGUUUGCCCGGGCGGUGUUUGCAGAAUUUCUGGGCACUUUAAUAUUUCUCUUUUUGGGGUUAGGGUCUGCCCUGCGUUGGCCGGGGGCUCUGCCAUCUGUUCUGCAGAUCUCCAUGGCUUUUGGCUUUUCCAUUGGCACAUUAGUACAAAUAUUUGGACAUAUCAGUGGGGCCCAUAUAAACCCGGCCGUCACUGUAGCCUUGCUGUUGGGGUCCCAGAUUUCUAUUCUACGCGCCCUUUUUUAUAUAGUCGCCCAGCUGGUAGGGGCAAUUGCAGGAGCUGGCAUCUUACAUGCAGUAGCCCCAGCUAAUAUUCGUGGAAAUCUGGCCAUCAAUUCGGUAAGUGCUAUGUGUAUCACAGGCUUGGCUCUUGUUGUGGAGCUGUUGCUAACCUUCCAGCUUGUACUCUGUAUCUUUGCAUCCACAGACAGCAGAAGGACUGACAAUGUUGGAUCACCAGCUUUGUCCAUCGGACUUUCAGUGACCCUGGGACAUCUUCUGGGGAUCUAUUUCACAGGAUGUUCCAUGAACCCAGCUCGUUCCCUGGGACCUGCAGCCAUUACUGGAAUCUUCACAGAUCAAUGGGUGUUUUGGGUUGGACCCCUUGUCGGUGGUAUUUUGGCUUCUCUCACAUACAACUUUGUCUUAUUCCCACACAACAAGAGUUUGGCUGACAGGAUCGCCAUCUUGAAAGGAACAUAUGAGCCUGAGGAGGAAUGUUGGGAAAAUAAGCCAGAAAACAAGAGGCAGUCGGUGGAGCUGUACUCUGCUCAUCCUCUCCCCAAGACUCCAGAGAAAUUCUAGACUUGUAGGACUUUAAACUUUAAACCAACAAACCCCAUUAUUUAUGCCUGCAAAAUCUGAAGCAAAGGAAGUUCAUAUAAAUAUUCUGUAUUGUCAGUUCUCUACAAAAUUGAAUACACUGUAAAUAUACUUAUGUUUCAUAGUACUUUAAAGCAUUGUCUUGUCUUGUAAAGCAAACAUAAUACGUCAGGUUCCAUUACAUCUGAUGCGGUGCAGGCAGUCAGUGCUAUCAAUGAUGCUGGCUAUACAGGUAUCAAUU